AUUAAAUAUUCUUCCAUCUUCAGGUGGAAAGAAUAGGACCGCUAUGAUAGUAGUAUCUUAGGACAUCUAUUGUCAUUUUCUUGGACUGCCGAGACAAAUUGUGAUCUCAUUGUCAGUGUACCACAUGCCUUGCAAAUUAAUAUUUCAUUACCUGUAAUUUCAUUUUGCUUCAGUUAUAGCAUUAUUUCUUUCAGUGACCACUGACCAAUGAAAUUUUGGGAUUAUUUUUUACGCAUUUAACUUGUUUUUUAAAUUCUGUUCAGGUUCUAGCGGAUAUACUAUGAUCAUUGUUAUUGUGGUGAUGGGGUAUGGUUAUGUUUGGUGGAAGGGUUGGAAGCUUCCCGAAUUAAUGUUCGCGACCAGGCGGAGCUUAUCUGAUGGCACGUGGUAGUGUGUCCAAACAGCUUGAGAGCGUAUAUAUAUCUAUUUCUGCGAUGAAGCGCCAUUUAAUUUCACGAAUUGACCGCGUGGAUUCUAAAAUUGACGAUUGUGUGGAUAAUACUGCUGCAACGAGAGACGAGGUUUCUGAGAUUCGAGGAAAAGUGAGAACAUUUGGUGAGAAUGUCCAGUCAGUUCAUCUUGUUGUCCAAUCACUGGAGACGAAAAUUAGGAGAAAUGAAGGGAGACAGAAUGAAACAAACUAUGGUGUGGGGAAGUUGGUUGCUUUUGUGAGGAGCAUUAUUGAAACUAGUAGAGCCAAGGAGCAGAUUGAGGCACCUCCAUCUAGUUCAUCUAGAGCUGCCCUUGAAUUACCAUCUGUAGCUUCCUCAGCACAGCGUCCUUUGCAUGGUGCCGUAUCUGCCUCAGGCCUUAAGGAACUUGGAGGUAUAUCAGAUGUAGUCGAAGUGUCACGUGAAAGCAGUCCUCAGGUUUCCAAUGCUGUUUCCCACCUCAGAACAGAGGAGCAAUGAGAACUCUGGUUUUGGUAAUGUUUUUGGGCGUAAGUUUCCAGGCAUUGGCGGUUCUUUCAUCACAAGAAGCCGCAGUGCUAUGCAGAGCUUCAAGUGAGACGUUUCAUCAAUCAUUAAAAUAAUUUUACUUUUCUAUGGUAUAUAUUCAAGGUUGUGUUGGCUGAGCAUCUAUAUUUUCUCAGGGAGUAAUUUGCCAUUUUUUGGUGGCUGAAUUUUGUAGGACCAAUAUUUACAGAGGUUAAUUUAGGAUACAUGUGUAAGUUCAGGGUAGAAAUUGUCUAUAGACCGUUAGAUAAGCUAAGCUAAGUAAUACUACAUUUUUUUGGUUCAGUUUAUUGGUUAAAUCGGUUUUUGAACGCCCCUAGGCUCAAA